UAAGGCUAACAGGAUUUUCAAAAUACUUACAGAAUGGACAAAAAUGGCUUUUUGAAGCAUCCGUGUAAGCCAAUCAAGGUCAACACAUUGUGGGCUCUAAUGGUUCAAUCAAGCUUUGACAGGAGGAUCACUAAAAGUUUCAGAGAAUUGCCAUGUGAGGUUCUUCUAGGCUUGCAUUCUUCAGUUCCCGUACUCCGCAUAUAACUACAUUCUUUAAACUUUCCGUUGUAAAGUUGCAGAACAUGGCCAUGGCUACAAGUGUAAAAGUAGUCCUAGGAUCAGUUGCUUUUUUUAUCUUUUGGGUCUUGGCAGUUUUCCCGGCUGUCCCUUUCUUGCCCAUCGGCAGGACUGCUGGGUCUCUCCUAGGCGCCAUGCUCAUGGUCGUCUUCAGAGUCAUAACCCCAGACCAAGCUUAUGACGCAAUUGAUCUCCCAAUCCUCGGUCUUCUCUUCGGAACUAUGGUCGUCAGCACCUACCUUGAAAGAGCUGAUAUGUUCAAAUAUUUGGGCAAAUUACUCUCUUGGAAGAGCCAAGGUGCCAAGGAUUUGCUAUGCCGGAUCUGUCUCGUCUCUGCCAUUUCAGGUGCUCUGUUCACCAAUGACACCAGCUGUGUCGUUCUUACUGAGUUCGUACUAAAGAUUGCAAGGCAGAAAAAUCUCCCACCUCGUCCAUUCCUGCUAGCUCUCGCCUCUAGUUCAAAUAUAGGGUCGUCUGCAACUCCAAUUGGCAACCCGCAGAACUUGGUCAUAGCCGUCCAGAGUAGUAUUUCCUUCGGGCAGUUCUUGAUGGGCAUUCUCCCUGCAAUGCUCGUGGGAGUGUUUGUGAACAUCGUCAUACUUCUGUGCAUGUACUGGAGAUUGUUGCCCGUCGAAGACGCAGCGACGGAAUUGAUCGCCGAGGAGGAUGUCACGUCUCACAGGUUCUCUCCGGCAACAAUGUCGCAUUUCUCAUCCUCGAAUUCUCAAGAGUGGAGCUUCACAUUAUUGGAAUCUACGAACAUCCGCAGCUUGCCCCACCUGAAUGUAGAUAUCGGCUGUGUGGAGAAUAUUGGGCACCGAGUAAGUUCAAGCGAGAACGAUAUACACAGGGCCAUACUCGAAGGUGGUAAUGAGAUUUCUCAGGAGUGGAACGAAAGCUCUCCGAGGAGGCCUGUCAGGAGUAGAGUGACCGGUGGUGCCAUGAUAGAAGAUGUUGUUUCAAGGCAGUCUGUAGAAGAAAAAGAAAGUGCUUUGAGCAAGAGACGCAGAAGGUUGUGGUGGAAGACAUGCGUUUAUGUGGUUACUUCAGGAAUGCUGAUUGCACUGCUGGCGGGUCUGAACAUGUCAUGGACAGCUCUCACUGCUGCGCUCGUUCUUGUGGUUCUUGAUUUCAAAGAUGCACGUCCAUGUCUGGAGAAGGUCUCCUACUCACUUUUGAUAUUCUUCUGUGGAAUGUUCAUCACCGUCGAAGGCUUCAACAAAACAGGGAUACCAAGUGCUUUCUGGGAUCUAAUGGAGCCAUAUGCACGUAUUAAUCAUCCCACUGGAAUUGCAGUUCUUGCCCUCGUCAUACUUGUCCUCUCAAAUGUUGCUUCAAAUGUACCUACUGUUCUGCUGCUUGGAGCACGGGUGGCAGCAUCAGCAGCUGCAAUUUCUACGAGUGAUGAGAAAAGGGCUUGGCUCAUUCUGGCAUGGGUGAGCACAGUUGCUGGAAACCUGUCUCUGUUGGGUUCGGCUGCAAACUUAAUAGUGUGUGAACAGGCUCAUGGAGCUCCAUCCAUUGGAUAUACUCUCUCCUUUUGGAACCAUCUCAAGUUUGGAUUUCCCUCAACACUUAUUGUGACUGCCAUUGGAUUGACACUUAUAAGGGGAUGACCUCCUAAUCUGGUAGCAGACAACCAAUGGAGAGAAACUAGUUUUUGUAACUGAAAGAAGAAAUAUCAUUCUUAAUUUAUAAAGAGGUUCUGUUUCUGCA